AUGGAGAAUAAUUUUGAAGAACAUGUUUCUACACUAUUUGAUUCACCUUGGCCCAAUGAUCUGAUAAUCAAGAUGAUAGAUAUUUUCGAAAAACAAACUUCUCAAACAAUAUCAUCGUUUAUCUCCGUAUCAUUAAAAUCUAUACUCACGAUCGAACAUUGGGCAUGGCAAAUGCUUAGUAAAGAUUCACGACAAUGGAUCUAUUUAGAUGAUUGUGUUAAAUUCUUUCAUGUACUUCAUUCAUUUAAUAUCAAAUUAAUUUCGAAUAAUAAUGGAAUUCAGUGUGAUACAAAAAUAUCACUAUUGAUUCCAUCGCAUAUUGAUUGGAUUGAUGGUAUACUUGAUCAAAUUGAAUCAAGCAAUGAUACAUUUCUAACACUUGCCAGUUUGUGGUUUGAUACUCUAUCAUAUUUAGCUCAACAACUUUCUGAAAUUGUCUAUUUACCAACGAUGCAACAUCUCAAUAAUCGAUUGAGUCGUGAUUUUCUAAUGACAAAUCAAUACAAAUUCUAUUUAAAACAACUUUGUGUAUCAAAUCUUCCACAAUCUGUAUUUACUGCCAAACAAAAUUUUUAUAUGAAAACAUGUUCAUUUUCAUUGAAUGUUUAUUUAUGGUCGAAAUCACAAAAUUUGCCUUUUACCAGCGAAGAAAUUAUUAAAUUUCUUAGUGAAGAUUAUUCAAAAAUUAUUCUUGUGCAAAGUUAUACUGUAGAGUCGUGGAGUAACGAAUUACUUUCUUGUAUUGCACAUAUUAUCGGUCUCAUGUGUUCAUCGUGUUGGUGGGGUGGACAAAAGCCUCAACAUAUCGAACUUAUUGUUUCAUCUAAAGACACAGUAUAUGAACAUAUUUUUGCACUUAUUCGUCUUGUUAGUUAUCAACCAUUUCAUGAACGUAUUUCUGCUCAAUUUUAUAAUGAUGAAACUGUUCUCAUGGAUACAAGUUUAAUUUUUUUAUUUGGUAUGGUACAAAUAUAUGAUUUAGAUUGUUUCAUAAGUUCACAAACAAAUUUACCUGCAAUACUUUGGUCCAUAGCACAAACAUCAUCCUAUGAUCGGAUUCGUGCUUGUGCCUAUGGAUUUCUGGCUGAAAUACUUUCUGAUAAACAAUUAAAAGAAUUAAAAAUUAGUGAUAAUAUAUGUGAAUUUUUCUUCCAUAUUCUUGAACAAGCAUGGAAUCAUCCGACAAAGAAAUGGAAAAAAAUAACAAUUCCAUAUUUAUUAAAAGGUUACUUGAGUUUAUCAUCAAAUGAUACAAUUCAAACAACAACAGCUAAUUCUAACAAAAUAUCAUUAUUUAUUGAAUUAUGUGAUCAUUAUCCUAUGGCAUUCGAUAUUAUAUGGGCUCUUUCAUUCAAUUCCAUUAUUGUUAAACAACUUCAAUCGAAUGAAUUAUUCAAAACUAAAUUAGUUCAAAUCAAUCAUCAAACAAAUGAUGAAAAUAUGCGUAAAAUUGUGAAUGGUAUUCUUUGGAAUUUAAAUUCAAAUCGUGAAGAAAAUAUUUUAUCAGAUAAUAGUCAUGAGAAAAAAUUCGAUAUUAUGAUCAGUUAUUCACAUAAAGAAAAACAAAUUUGUAAACAAUUAUAUGAAGAACUCAGUCAAUUAGGUUAUCGAAUAUGGAUUGAUUUUGAUCAAAUGCAUGGUAAUGUUAUGGAUGCAAUGGUAGAAGCUAUUGAACAAUCUCGAACUAUUAUGAUUUGUAUGAGUGAACAAUAUCAACGAAGUAAUUAUUGUCGAGCUGAAGCACAAUAUGCAUUUCAAAAACAAUUAAAUAUCAUACCGAUUCUCUUACAAAAACACUACAAACCUGAUGGAUGGCUUGCAUUUCUAAUUGGUUCAUUAUUGUAUAUUGAUUUUACUAAAUAUGAAUAUUCGAAAGCAUUCGAUAUGUUGAUGAAAGAACUUAAAAUGAUUAAUGAACGUAAUGAAAUUUCAACUAAACCUGUUCAAACAAAAUUAAAUACUGUAGGAUCAUUACCUGUUUCUUCUUGUUUGAUACAAUCAUCAUCACAAUCAAUAACAUUUCCUGAAAAUGUACAAGAUUGGACAGAAAUACAUGUACAUAGAUGGCUUUCUGAAAACGAUCUUCCACAGAUGGCUCGUAUUUUGUCGGGUAUGGAUGGUCUAAAUUUAAUUUAUUUAAGUGAAUAUAUAAUCAAAAGUGAACCACAACAAAUUUUAUCAUUACUUCAACAUGAUUCACUUCGUCGUAUAAAUGAGAAUAUUUCAUUGAUUGAAAUAUCUCGAUUUCGAACUUUGAUCGAAAGAAAAAAUUUGCUUAUGUUCAUAUCAACCAAACAAAUGUUAAAAGUAUUUCAACAGAAAAAAACAUCAGCAAUUCCAUUUAUUUAUCAAUGUUUAUUAUCCGUUCCUCCUGAUUAUGAAUCCGAUAAAACAGAAAAACGUUGGCCUCUUCUCUUAUUCUUACAUGGUGCCGGAGAAUCACAUAGUCCAAUUGAUAAAGUUCUAAAACAUGGUCCUCCAAAAUUGGUUCAUGCUUAUUCAUCCAGUAAAGAAGAUAAUCAUUCGUCGGAUAAUGUCAAUAUGGAAUGUGCACAAUUAGUAGCCGAAAACUUUAUUACAUGUAGUCCACAAGUUGAUCGAGGUUAUGUAUGGGAUUCAACGGUCUUAUCAGGACUUUUGGAUGAAUUAGAACAAACAUAUCGUAUUGACAAAAAUAAGAUAUAUGUGACUGGUAUUAGUAUGGGGGGUUAUGGUACUUGGUCUCUUGCAAUGGAUCAACCUACGCGUUUCGCUGCCAUAAUUCCUAUAUGUGGUGGAGGUGAUUGUCAGCGUGUUUCACUUUUAAAACAUCUACCUAUAUGGAAUUUUCAUGGAAAAUUAGAUAAUGUAAUACCAGUUACAGCAUCAUCAUCAUUAAUAAAAGCAUUGGAUAGUCCACUUUGUAAAUCAACAAUUUAUCCAAAUAUAAAACAUGAUUCUUGGACAGAAACAUACAAUAAUCCAGAGAUUUACAAAUGGCUACUUGAACAAACUAAAAAUCCAUGA